ACCCGUUCGCAGUUUCCUACCGGCCACCACUCCUGACCUUUCCCCCCUACCGCGCCUCGCCUCACCUCGCCUCGGCCAGUCAACCCAACGAACCCCGCCCGCGGCGCCAUGGGCGACGCCACCGCCCCGGCGAGCACCAAGACGGCGGAGCUGGACGCGCCGCUCAGCGCCCUGGGCUUCGAGAUCGAGGAGGUCUCCCCGUCGCAGCUCACCGGCCGCCUCGUCGUCACGGACACCUGCUGCCAGCCGUUCAAGGUGCUGCACGGCGGCGUGUCGGCGCUGAUAGCUGAGGGCCUGGCGAGCAUGGGCGCGCACAUGGCGUCGGGAUACCGCCGCGUCGCCGGCAUGCAGCUCAGCAUCAACCACUUCCGGAGCGCCGCCGCCGGCGACACCGUCCUCGCGCGGGCCGUCCCCGUCCACAUCGGCCGCUCCACCCAGGUUAUAUUAAUUCGUUUCCCCUGCUAUUUUGCCUCUUCUUUUUCUGAAUUGUCAACCUCUUCUCUAGCAGUAGUCGAUCACGCAGAGCUUAAACAAACCAUAGAUCAUGAUUUCGCGUGGAUUCCCUUUGAUUCCACUGUGUUUUUACUGCAACCAACUGAUUAUUAUGCUGUUUUUUUUACUGAAGCAUGCUGUAUGCUACAGAUAAUAGUAUUAUGUUUCAUUGAUACUCUGAAACAACUGUCAGAAUUCCACUUCAUGCUGUAUGCCGCAUUUUUUUUACUGAGUUUGGCAGAUUAAUUAGCAUAAACAAGCCGCAACUUGUUCUGUGCUUAAGAGGAGAAUAAUGCAGUAACAUAUUCUGAUCUCAACACGAAACAUUGAAGGAAUAAUGCAUCUGGUCUAACUAAUAAGCUCACUAACGUGGAAGGAACCGGUAAAGCUAUCUUCUAUAGAUGCAUAUCGCUGUCAAAUCUGAAUGAUGAAAGGAUGCUAGAAAUUAAUCAGAUUAAUAGUGGCUGCUGAAAUGGGUUUGAAGGUAUGGGAGGUGAAGCUCUGGAACAUGGACGCAUCCACACAGGGGGAAGGGCCUCUAAUCGCCGAGGCAAGGGUCACGCUCCUCUGUAAUCUACCCGUGCCGGAUGAGAUGAAAAGUGCGGGAGAAUCGCUUAGAAAAUACUCUAAACUGUGAAACUCCACUGAUACAUGAUUCUGUAAAAAACAUUUCUUGUGCAAACACAGAUGGAUCAACUCGAAAGAACAAGCUUCGUGUGUGUAGUUGAUGCAUCUCACUAUCCAGCACCAGCAACUACUGAUUUGGAAUGUGCUUCCAUUUUGUAUUCAUUCAUUAUUACACUAUAUAUAUGCAGUAACUCUGAUCUGUGAGCAAAUAUUAAAGGGGGCUACUAUACGAAUA